CGAGGACUUGAAGCCAAUAUGUCGAAUUUCGUCAUAUAUUUCCUGGUUCAAUUUCAAAUUAUUUUAGUUGGAUUCAAAAUAGGUUGUGCUGCCAAUCCAUACUUAACGGUUCUUAAUGUUGGGUCAGCUUUUUACAAUAAAGGCGAGCUACAGUGCUACCCAACAGAUAGUAGCACAACAAUAUCCAUGGGAAAGGUAUUUAAAAUAUCCAAUUCUGACUCGCUUGCUGAACCACAUCUAGAAGUUCAGAGUGAAUAUUCUCCUUUUGCCAAAAAAGUAGCUAUACCUUAUGAUGGAAACUUCUUUGGAGUAUAUUACUGUGAAGGUGUACUUAAUGGUGAAAAAACCACCGUGAAAACUACAGUUGUGGAUCUAGAUGGCGCUUCAAAUUCGGAGGUUAUAUCAACAAACGAAAGAACAAGUAUCACCGCUUCUGUUGGAGAAUCUGUUGUAGUAUCAUUCGAUGUGACAGCGUCCGGUAAUCACAUUUGGAGGAAAGAUGGUGAACUGCUGGAUAAUUAUGAGAGCCUUUAUGAUGAUUCAAGCUUAAGUUUUACUAGUGUAAAAGUUGAUGAUGGCGGCAUGUAUGAACUUUACAUAGAUGGACAAAGGGAUGAAUACAAACAUUCAUUUAUUGAACUGAUUGUGAGAGAAUGUCCAACUGGCCGCUGGGGUGCACCUGGAUGUACAGGUAUUUGUAACAAUUGUUAUAAUGGUGGCGUAUGCGAUGACAAGACAGGUAACUGUAUUUGUGCACCAGGGUUUAAAGGAGAAAGCUGUGAAGAUACUUGUGGUGGCAAUCGAUUCGGACUUGACUGUGAAAUUAGAUGUACAUUCAAUCGUAAUUUCGAAAACACUUGCAGAAGUCAUCAAUUCUGUUUUCCUGAUCCAUAUGGAUGUACCUGUAUAACAGGUUUUACUGGCCUUGAUUGCUUAACAGAAUGUGAUUCUGGCAAUUUUGGUGCGGGUUGUAGUGAGGAAUGCCACUGUACGUCAGGAUUCUGUAACCAGUAUACUGGAGUGUGUAACGGUACCGGUGGUUGUGCAUCUGGAUGGUCUGGAAGUAACUGUCAAGUUCCAAGCACUUGUCCUGUUGGCUAUUUUGGCACAUCGUGUACAUCAAUUUGCCAUUGCCGUGAUAAUGUUGAAUGUGAUAGGAAUACUGGUGUAUGUAGUAAUGGACUGUGUGCAAAAGGAUACCGUACAUAUGACAAUUUGUAUUGUGAAUCCUGUCAAUCUGGAAACUAUGGCUACUACUGUGCUUCUACAUGCAAUUGUAAUUCUACCUCAUGUCAUUUGGAAACUGGAUGUAAUGGCGGUUGCCUUGAUAAUUGGUUGUUACACUCAUGCACUACAGGAAUCUCUGCAUCUUUCAACACAAAAGUUAAUCCAGGUCAGAUGUCCACAUUCCAAUGUGACAUUCAAGGUGAUGUGGAUGGCAUUACCAUUCAGUUUCUUAUUGGCAGUCAACCUGCUACAGAAACUGUACGCACAGAAUCAAAUGGAGUUACGAAAGUUACAUUUACCGGUGAAGCAAAUCCUGCUGUUACGUAUGUCUGCAGACUUGCGAAGGAAUCUUAUACAGCAUAUGCAGAUCACUCACUUAAUAUCUUUGUAUUGCCAACGUACACUGGACAGCCAAGCUCACUGACGGUUACUGGAUCAUCAGUGGAAUUGAGAUGGAGGAACUGGAGUACCAGUAGUGGAGAUGGUGGUGAUGGUCCCGUUAUUGGAUACGUUCUAUAUUACAGACGGUCUUCAUCAUCUGCGCUUUGGAGCCGCAUGCCUCAAGACAACAGUCUUACAGCCACAGUGACUGGUUUACGGUGGGAAGAAGAAUAUGACUUUGCUAUUGCAGCGGUCAGGGAAGGUGCUGGGGGUGAAGGUCCAAGGGGAAGUAAUGAGCUAACUGUAUCAACAGUUUGUGGAGAACCAUCAGCACCGGUAGUUGAAGCAAAUUCAAGUUACAAGUCUCCUAAAAGGAUCAACAUUGUUUUGCAACGACUAACAGUUACGGAUUCCAAGUGUUCAACUGGUGUAGAGCGUUAUACAAUAUCUUAUAGACCUGUUAAUACAGACGUGUCCAUGAUCACUGAGAAAACAACCGUUGACGAUUUUUAUACAAUAAUGGAACUUGAAACUUACACAGAAUACAUCAUCUCUGUAUCAGCAAGUAACAAAGAUUUUGCUGGGAUGGCAAGAGUGGUACAAGUGUUCUCACCUGAAGAGAUACCUCCAGUUCCAGGAGUCUCAGCAACACAGGAUGGUUCAUUCCUUACCGUUUCUGUGUACCCAUCUGAGUCAUUCAGCAGAAAUCUUUAUGGGAAUAUAAUUGGUUUUGAUGUGAGAUACAGAUCAAGAAAUAGUGAAGAGUGGAAGAACCAAACGCUUACAGCAGACCAAGGGAUCCACGGCUACAAAAUAUCAAGUGUGGUAGAAGAUGCAAAGUAUAAAGUUAUUGCUAGAGUAGUCAAUGGGGCUGGUGUGGGAAACUGGAGCCCAUUUUUCACCGCUGAGCAGAGUACAGGAGCAUCAAUUCCCAUAUUUAUGAUUGCAUUAGUGGUUGUUCUUUCCAUCAUCAUCUUCCUGAAUUCCUUGGUGUUUUGCCUAUGCUACAGAUGCAACCACUCAAAUGGGAACAAUACACAUAAAUGUGAAGUCCAGGAUGAUAAUCUGGCAACAAAAACCCGAGUAGUUGAAGAAGCAACUGAACAACCGAAUAACUAUACCACCAUCGCCAUACAGCAUGAGGAUCAAUAUGAGGUCAUCCGAACAAAGACUCAAGACACGUAUGAUUGUACAAUUCAACAGACCAGUGGACAUGCGGUAACUCAUGCAGAAGAAAAAAUUGGAGUUACCAAAAACAAAAAGGAGCCUUAUGAAAUCCCUUUGAAAAGUAUGGGACAGAAAUCUGACGAAGUUAUUAAUGAUAUUCCUCAAUAUACCAACAUAAAAUAGUCACUAUCUGUCAUGUCCGAUACGUGUUUAAAAGAAGGGCCUACCUGAAUGUCUACCUUUUGCAGUGUAUUUUAAAAUGUAUACUAAUGGACAACACCGAGAAGUAGAUCAUGUCAUGGGUUCCUCUCUUCCUAGAUUUGGUAAGUCCUAGGACAACAAUAUAUAACUGGUUUGUAUAAACAUUUUAGUAAUAAAAAUAUUUAAAAUGAUAAUAAUUAGAAUGAAGUAGAUGCUUCAAAAUAUAGUUUCAUCGUUAUGUUAACUGAAGUUAUAUAAUUAUUUUAUCGUUAAGAUCUGCCUAUUUAUAGUUAUUUUGGUUCUUUUGAUUUCAAAAUUUGAAACGUAAAGUUAAAUGAUGUAUCUUGUAAAGAAAUUAUAAUACAUACUCCAAGUAUUGAAAUGCACGCCAUCGUGGUGCCUUUAAAUAUUUUGACAUUAAUAAUGUUAAAAGCAUUUGAUUGUUUUGUAUUUGUCGUUUUCCUUAUCUUGACUGUUUUUUGUUUCCAUUCUGUAAGUUACGGGCUCCCAGCUGUUGGAUGCAAAUAUAAAAAUAAAAUAAAAUAACAAUAAAUGUCAUUAUUAUUAUUUUUAUUAUUAAUAUUAUUAUUACC